AAGGGCAGCAGUGAGUAUUGCCUGGUUUUUAGUGGUUUUCCGUUGUUGACUAACGCUAGCCACUGUUUGAAAUACUAACACCAGCCAUUCGGCAUUAAGCAGAGCUUAAGACGGGACGUGUUGUAUUGGCGUGUGUGACAAACAUAAAAAAACAUCAAAACUAUUAAAGCUCGUACUUUUGUUUUGGGAACGGAUAAUUUCAAACGGAAGCCAAAAAAAAAAGAGUUGAUGAAAAGUGUUUUUGAAAAAAAAAUGAAUAAAAAUUAUUUAGUUGGAAUUUUAAAAUAAUCCGCAAUUUGAAAUAAAGAAUAACAGUUAUCCCCCUUUAAUUGUUGUUUUUGCUGGGAAAUUUGAGUGAAUAUUCAUUUCCAUUUUGAAUUCUUGUUACAAAUCACAAUUUAAUUGCCUGCAACGAGAAGAGAGGAGAUCCUAAGAUCCUUCUGCAAGGAUUCUCUAACUAACUCAAGUGCUGGAUUAUUGCCGAUAAGAAAGAAACUAUGCUGGCAUUCCAAUUGUGGCUGUUCGCAACAGCCAUCGUGAGUUGUGUCUAUGGCGAAUCGGAAUUCACAUAUUACGGCAGCAUGGGACCAGAUCACUGGAGCGAGCAUUACAAUCAGUGUGCUGGCAAGCAUCAAAGUCCCAUCAAUAUCAAUGAUGUCGAUGUCAUUGAUAGACGGUAUCCUGAAAUAAAAUAUGAAAAAUUCGACAAGAAGCCGUUGAAUGCCACCAUGACGAACAAUGGGCAUACGGUCCAGGUGAAACUGAUCUACGACGGCCAGGCACCCAUGGUGUCGGGUGGACCGCUAGCUGGCAAGGGAAACUAUGAGUUUCAACAGCUGCACUUUCAUUGGGGCGAAGAUAAUACGGUUGGCAGUGAGGAUCGCAUAAACAAUGUUUCGUUUCCGAUGGAGCUGCACAUUGUGUUUCGUAAUAUUCGGUAUAAGGAUUUUGCCGAGGCAACACAGCGCGAUGAUGGUGUGGCGGUGAUGGCAUUCUUUUAUGAGAUAAGUUCGGAUCAGGCUGCUGAUCAUGAUUACGAUACGUUCACCAGUAAUUUGGGGAAGAUUGAAGAACCCAAUUCGGUUGCCAACAUGGAUGCCUUGACGCUGUUCGGUUUAAUGCCCGACAAUUUGAAUAGCUAUUACACCUAUAUUGGAUCCCUGACCACGCCACCCUGUAGUGAAGAUGUCAUUUGGAUGGAUUUCAAUACACCCAUUGGAAUAGCCUCAAAAUUGCUGGAUCGUUUCCGUUCACUCAAGACCUUCGAUGGCUCGUCGUUGACACACAAUUUCCGACCGGUUCAACCGCUUAACAAUCGUAAAGUUUAUCGGGCCAAAAAAGAAAUGCUUCUUCCCCAGGAAGGUGGGGCCAGUAGUAUACCCAUUGUAGAUGCCUGGGAUGCAGCUCCAACGUUUGCCCAACCCAUUGUCUUGGUUGGCAUUUUGGCGGUGGCGUGUGUCUACAUUAACCAUUAAUUAGCUGUAGUAGUUUAAUUUAACAAAAAACCCAACAACAACAACAAAAUACUCUUGUACAAUUUUAGAAUUUAAUAGUAUUAUUAUUAUUAUUUUGAUAAUUUUAUUUUACAUAUGCAUGUCUGAUUACAAACAUACAUACCGUCUACAACUUC